CUGCAAGCUGAUACUGACAGCAGACUGUCGGUUCUGCGUGCAUUUCGAGCCCUGCGGUUUGGGAGGCUUGUGCAUUUCCUCCCCUACCUGUACAGACAACUGAUGGUGCUGAAGAGGACCAUUGAGGAGGCAGCCAUGCUGUGCUGGCUGCUGUUCUUCAUUGUCUUCCUCUUCAGCGUUGUGGGAAUGCACAUCUUCGGCUGCGAAAUUAAGGGAGACGUAGGCGAUUACGGCAGCAGAAGCUUCGACAAGAUUGACUCGCGGAAAAACUUUGACAACCUCCUGUGGGCCAUGGUCACAGUGUUCCAGGUUCUGACGUUAGAAGAUUGGAACUUUGUCCUUUACAACUGCAUGGCCUCCAUCUCACCAUGGAGUGCUCUGUUUUUCGUGUUGAUGAUUAUUGUGGGAAAGAACGUGAUUCUCAACAUCUUGGUGGGGAUUGUUGUUGAGAACUUCCAGAACCAGCCUGAAGAUCACGCAACACUUUCAGGAAUUCCUUCAACCGUUAUCCCUCAUGGCGCUGGAGGUACCGAACAAGACCAACUGAACGCUGAGUCCACCACUGUUCAGGUGCAGCCACUUCAGGUGGAAGAAGCGCGAGCUGUCCCGAUUGACCAGGACCUGCGAGCUGUAGGCUGGAAGCGCUGGUUCAAAGAGCGUGAAGAUUGGUCCUUCUAUGUGUUUUCUCCACAGAACAGAUGGCGUCUAUUUUGCGACAAACUGGUGUCCCACAGGUAUUUCAACUCGGGGAUUCAGUUUAUCAUCAUGCUGAACUGCAUUACUAUUGCUUUUGAGAGGCCUUCCAUCCUGCCCGAUAGCAAUGAACGAUAUUACUUGGAUAUAUUCAAUGACUUCUUCUCCGCUGUCUUUCUCGUGGAAAUGCUACUGAAGAUGAUGGCACAUGGACUGAUCAUUGGGGAGACCACCUAUUGCCACAGUCCCUGGAACAACUUGGACGCCUUUCUGGUAUUCAUGUCUAUAUUAGACAUCGCCAUCCUACUGGGAACAGAGGAGGGAAGUUCCAGACCUCUGGCCAUCCUUAAAAUACUGCGUCUGCUGCGUACGCUACGUCCCCUCAGGAUGAUUGAUCGAACCCCCCAACUGAGACUGGCCGUGGUGGCGCUGUUAGCUUCUGUUAAGCCCAUGGGAAACAUCAUUAUCAUUUGCGGCAUUUUCUUUUUCUUUUACGGCAUCCUUGGAGUGCAGCUGUUCAAGGGAAAGUUCUUUUACUGCCAUGGUUCCAAUGUAUCGAUGAUCGUCAACAAGUCGGACUGUCUCUCAUCCAAUUACGAAUGGUUGCUUAAGGAGUACAACUUCGACAACCUGAUGUCGGCUCUGAUAUCAGUGUUUGUCAUGUACUCCAAGGACGGCUGGGUCGAACUGAUGUAUGACGGGCUUGAUGCUGUUGGAGUGGACCAGCAGCCUAUUCCCAACCACAACCUGUGGAUGCUUCUCUACUUUAUCUCGUUCAUCCUGAUGAGCUUCAUAUUGCUCGACAUGUUCAUUGGGGUGAUGGUGGAGACAUUCCACAAAUGCCAACGGGAGCAGCGAAUAGCUCAUAAAACGAAGUCCAGGCCGUCCUCUGAGUUUGAAGAUGAGGCGUUUUUCCUUCAGUAUUCCGCUUCACGUCGAAAAAUACAUUCCAUCUGUACCAGUCCUGCUCUGGAAUAUUCCAUUACGACCUGCAUCUUCAUCAGUAUGUUUGUGAUGGGAGCAGAACACUUCCAACAGCCUAUGUAUGUAACAGUUAUUUUAGAGAGCGUCUUCUACAUCUUAACCCUCUUGCUGGUCAUUGAAAUCAUACUGAAGUUCAUCGCAUUUGGCGUCGUGAGGUUCCUGAAAGAUGGCUGGAACAUACUGGACAUUUUUAUCGUCCUGAUUUCUAUCGUCAGCAUCAUUGUGGCUCAGGUGAAACACGCUGAAAAGAUCCCAAUCAAUAUGAGCAUCUUCCGUGUGAUCAGAGUCCUCAGACUUGCACAAGUUCUCAAGACCACAAAGAUCAAAGUUUUGCUCAAAACCAUCAUCCGGACUCUGUCGCAGGUUGGAAACAUCAGUCUCUUGUUCAUGUUUUUCUUCUUCAUCUAUGCUGCCCUGGGAGUAGAGCUCUUUGGCAAUCUCGCAUGCUCCUUAGACUUCCCUUGCCUCGGCCUGCACCGCCUCAGCGACUUCAACAACUUCAUGCUGUCCUUACUAACGCUGUACAAAGUCAGCACAGGAGAUAAUUGGAGUGGCAUCCUGAAAGACACAAUGCCAAACUGCGAUGUCGAUGACGAGAGGUGGUGUCAUCCCUACCUUACCUGGGCUUCUCCCAUUUUCUUCACCUCCUUUGUCAUCACGGUCCAGUUUGUUCUCGUGAACUUGGUGGUGGCAGUAAUCAUGCAGGCGCUGAACGACAGCAAGAAGGAAGGAGAUGGGGAAACACAGAUGAAAAGGAGUGUACUUCUCAACGAACCUUCGCUACCUGAACACCUCCUACAGGAGGACGACACGUAAACUCCAGAGAAACCGCCAUAUUUUCUUUGUAUUGUUUCAGCAUCUGUUUUAAUGUUAAAACACAGUUUAAGGAUGUUCUUGACUUGUUUAUGUAUGAACUAUACAAUGUUUAUACUUUUUAUGUAAGUUUUUACUCAAGUGUACAUAGAGAUGUCAAAUGUGUUGAAGAAUUGUACAAACGCAUGUUAAAUUAUUGAAGAAAUGUAU